AUAAUAAUUAGUAAAACAAAAUUAAUUUUAAUUAUAAAUAAUAACUCAAAUAAAUACUUUAGUAUUGUAAUUAUGAGCUUUAUUAAUUCUAAUCAGCUCUAAACUGCCAAAAAAACAGUAACUUUCAAAAGAAAUACUAGGUCGAUAAGCUCAACUUAGUUUAAUUAUCCCAAACUUUUGGUUACUAAGGAUGAAUAUUCAUAAUAUAUUAAUGCAUCUAAUGUAGAUACAAAUUAACAAUAAAAAGAUCAAUAUAAUGAUUUAAAUUAAUCUCGAUUAUCCAGCUCUCACAGUAAGUAUUAUAUAGAGGAUCAGACAGAAAAAGUAAGCAAGCAAUAAGACAUAAAAACUAUGUAGAAACAAAUGACAGAAGUUUAAAAUCUUUAAGAGUGGAUUAACUUAAAAAAAUUUGGUUAGAGAGAUAACUAUGAAGAGUAGAUAGAAAAUAUCCUCAAUUAAAACGAACUUAAGCAAAGGCCUGAUAUUCGUGUUGACAUGAUUGAUGAUAUUAUGAAUUCUUAAAACAAUCAUAAACACAAGGAUUAAAAUAUUUAAUUAAGCAUUAAAGCUAAAAAAAAAAAUGAGAUAACAUCUUCGGUUCUUGCAGAUAAAACGUUUUAUAAGUCUAGUGAUUAUGCUAAAUCUUAUAUAACAAAUAAAAAUCUUUUAAACUAAAUUUUAUAAAAGAAAAUGAAAGACUACUCUGAAUAAGAAGAAAAAACAGUCAUGUAGAAUAUGCAGAAGGAAACAUCAUAGGAUGAUUUUAAAAAAACAAAUUUCCAAUUAAGUUAAAGUAGCUAAAGAUUUUUUAAAUAGUUUGUAGAUAAUCAAACUCAUUAGGCAUUCAAAAAUAAUGAUAGUAGAUCUUAAAUAUAUAAUCAAACUGUGACAUUAAAAAAACUAUUAACUUAUGACUAAGAACCUACAUAAGAUUAAACAUAGAAGAUAAAUACAAGCUAUUCAAUGAAUUAGCUUCAAAAAAUAACUAAUUCAAAGGCAGGUGAGUUGAUUAAUAAGUUUUCAGGUUUUUAAAAUUUUAAAAGAGAUAUUUGUAAGAGUAUCAUAGACUAUUAAGCUAUAAAAUAAUCUAUAAUUGCCAGCGGUGACACAAACAAAGAUUAAAUAAAACUUCGUAAUGGAAAUUCUAGAAGACCAUCAAGUUUAAAUUCUUAAAAAUUAAUAACUUUAUACCAGCCUGAUUACCCCUUAGAAAAAUAUCAAAAGAAAAAAAAUUCUACCUAAGAAGAGAAAGAUCCUUUUCUUAAAAAAUAAGAGUAAGAAAAAGAAUAGUAGUAUGAGGCUCUAUAAGAAAUAUCUAAAAUAAAAAAAAGUGAAUAUCAUCAAAUUAAAAAGUAAUAUUAAUAAACCAAAGAAAGGAUACAAUAGUUAGGUUUAUAAUAGAUUUAAACUGUUUAAUAAAUUAAAUAAAUCAAGUAAACUAUAUAAGAGCAAUCUUCUAAAUUAGAAGAGAACUUAAAGUAGCUAUCUCUCAAUAAGAGGUAGAAUAAUAAAAGUAGCAGAGGAGUAAGGUAUUCAAAUACUGAUCAUGAUAGAAGCAGAAUCAAUCAAGUUAUUGAAGAAGAAGAUGAAGAAGAAUAAUAAUAAAAUAUGUAGCAGGAAUCAAAUUUGAUUACUUUUUCUUAGUUCAAUUAAGACUGCCCUCCAUCUCCUUUAAAGCAUAAAAAGUUUUCAAAAAAACAGAAAGACAAGAAGUCUUCUUAAUUUGAAACCAUCGAAGAAAUAAUAGAGUAGUCCAAAUUAGAAUUAAAAGGACUUGAAAAAAAAUAGUAGGAACUAAAUAUAACAAUAGAAAGAUUAAAAGAAGAAUAGCAGCACAAACAGAAGGAAAAAAAAGACACCCUUUUUGAACUAAAAAAACUCUAUCAAAUUUUUAUGAAAAACUAAGAAAAUUGGAGAUAUGAGAAAAUAUUUUGGGUGCAAAGUGAAAUGCAUGAACUCGGCUAACCUAUCACAGAAGAAUAUUUUCCAACAGCUUUGGAACCUUAGUCAUAGGAGUUUUUAAAACAAGUAUUUUUACUUUAAAAAGAAGAUAAAAAGUUAGAUUAGAAAUGGUAAUAAUGGAAAAAUGAAUACCAAGUUGAUCCCACAGUGAACUCAAAGUUGUAGGAAAAAUCAUUUUUUAACCUAUUAGAAAAAAUGAAAAGAAAUAUUAAACUUGUGAGAUAGUCUAAUAUAGAUAUAACUGUUAAAAAAAGAAGUGACAGGCUAUAGUGCAAAGAAACAUUAAAUAAACUGCUUAAUCAAGCAUCAGAUUUAAUGAACUAAGAUGCAAGUAUUGGCAGCAAAGAGAAAAUAAUAUCAGAGUUUAUUGAAUAAGAAGAAUAAUACAUUGAACAAAAGCAGGAAAUUAAGCUGAAAAUAGAUUAUUUAACAAAAUAAGAAGUAAAUAGGCUCUUUAAUAAAUAUCCUAUAUCUAAUGAAUCCUCGCUUAAUGAAAUUAAAAAUGUAUUUUACAUGAUCCUAAAUGAAUUUUAGGCUAAGAGAUUUUCUAAAAAGUAUCAACUCUUAAGAGAAUCCUCAGCAAUUUCAGAAUAAAAGAAAAAUAAGCAUAUAGAUUACGAUGAGCUUAGAGAAAAAAUAAAAUCUUCAUUAAAUAAAAGUGCUCAGCUUAAAGUUGUUACUUCUUCAUAGAGAAAAAAAAGAGCUAUAUCUACUAACAUUAAUAAUUUAUCUACAUAAACAGACUAAGAUACUCUUCAAACAAGCAAAUAGCUUUCUAAAUUUUCUUAAAAUACCUCUACUAACUUGUAAAUUUUAAAUUUUAAUAAACUAGAAAACACAAGUAACUUGCCUUUAAUAAAUUUUUAUGAUUUUUAUGGAAUGAAAACUCCUCAUGGAAAUUAUGUAGUUGUUUGA